AUGGCCAAAAUAAACUCAUCGCACUAUACCAUAAUACUCCCACAGAUAAGACCAGCCACAAACGAGUUCUGCUCCGAGAUAUUAUCAUCGUUGAAGACAAAGUGGCCUGACGGGUCGUCGACGACGACAGUUGCCGCGUAUGUAAAAAAGAAACUAUUCGGAGAAGCCAAUUCCGGUGCUGCAUUUGCUUCGACUGUUGUUGCUGUGAUAUUAUCGACGGCACCAUCCGAUACACUCCUUCACCAGAAGCUUGCAAUGAUACUGGGAACACAAUUAAAUCUACCUGACGGCAACUUUCAUCCGGAAAAGUUACCAGUGUUGGCAGUGCCUGAAGCUAAUUACCAGUCGAUACACUCAGAGCUGGCACUGUGUCCUAUAUCGGUCAUAGUGUUGGCCUGCAGCUUGUUCAGGAUAAGGGUCAAGGAACGAGCAACAGCAGCAACAUUGGAUGAUUUACGAGCUCAAUUGCAAUCGGUGAUGGAUACAGUAAACCCUCGCUGGAUGGAUCCCCAACAUUUCGUCCAUCUAUCGUGCAAGAUGAUGAAGAACAGCAGGGUCACUGCCAUGAGUGAGCGGCAACGAGCGCUCUUCAUGGUUGUUGAACAUUAUAAGACUUACAUCUCAUAUUUCAUGUAUACAUAUACGGGAAUCUUUUGUCAAAAAGAAGUAGACUUUUCCACCGAGAACUACACGGAAGGCGAAAGCGACCAGGGUCCUUACGAGAUCACUACGGAUGAGUUAGCCUUGACUUAUAUACAACAGCCUCAAUUGCAGAGGCGGCGAUGUCCUCGGUAAAGACUGUGCCAAUGAUUAUCAAGGCAGCGAUAUAUAUGGUGACGAUAGUGAUAAUCGUAGCCGCCACCCCGAUUCCUCGAAUUGCUGUAACAUCAACGGCCUCAUAGAACAUUACAUCGCUCGUCUAUGCAGCAUAGAAUCGAUCGCGCUCGUC